UUACGCAUGGCACACACGCUUGCGCUCAUGUAUAAAUAUGUUGAUUGGUACCAAUUUGGUUAUCAUUCACAUUUUGGCCACUGCAGUGCAGCAAUCGUUUUGAUAAAUAUUAAAUAUCAGCGUUAAAGUAACGUUUUUUUAAAAACACCAACUAAGCCAGAUUCAAACAUGACCGCCCUAAAAGUUUUCGUGAUUUUCGCUCUCUUUGCCGUUUCAUAUGCAGCACCUGGAUUUUUCGGCAAACAUGAACACCACACAAUUCAUGUACCUUACAAUGUACACACAAUCCAUCAUCAUCAUGUCGAGAAAGUGCCAAUUGUGAAGCAUAUUAUUAAGGAGGUGCCCGUUAUUAAGGAGGUGCCUGUAGUCAAGGAAGUGCAUGUUCCCGUCUACAAGGAAGUCCAUGUCCCAGUUCACGUACACCAUGAAGAUCACCAUGAUCACCACGAUAUUCAUGAACAUCAUGACUUCCACAAGGGCUGGUCAUCCUCUGGCUGGUAUUAAAAGGAAUGUUCCAACAUUCUUUGUAAAUAUUG